AUGACACGUUCUUCGUUUUUGAAAAAAGAGAAACAGCUUCGACUGACUCGAAAUACUUCCAAAUCACGAAGAAUCAUUACCAGUGUUAGAAAAAAUACACUUGAACUACAAAAUUAUUUUAUUUCUAAUAAAGAUCAGUCAACCAGCAACGAGCAAUUCACGUACAAAGCACUCUCAUUUACUGGUUCAUCAUGUCAGAAACUAACGAACUUUCUCAAACAAACAAGUACACAUGAUAAUAAUAACGUAAACGACUAUUAUCAAAUAAUUCACAAUUACUUUUUGUUGGAAUUACUGAAACAAACCAUUUGUGUCUCCUGUAAGUUAAUAUGUAAUGGUGAUAUGUCUGUUACAAAACGAGAAGGAUUAUAUUGUUUCUUGGUGUUUACAUGUUGCUGCUCUCAUGAAAUUAAUAUCAAUACAUCUAAACAAUGUCUAAAUACUUCUAAAAGAGAUAUUAAUGUUCGAAGUGCAAUCGGUGCAAAUUUUGCCGGUACUGGUCAUCAAGGUUUCGUAAAGCUCUGUGCUAUAUUGAACGUACCAAUACCCACUAAUGAAGAUCAUUUCUCGGAUACCAUCGAUUAUUUACUUCCAACAUUUGAAUCAUACAAGCUUCGGCCAAUGAACAAUGCUGUCGAAGAAGCUUGCAAGAAAUCAAAUGAACGUAAAAUUACUGUUAGCGGAGAUGGUACAUGGCAAAAGCGUGGCUUUUCAAGUUUACAUGUAGUCGUAGAAGUUUUAUCUAAUGGACCUACUGCAAAAGUGUUAGAUUUGGAACGAUUAUCAAAAAAAUGUUUGAUUUGUACAGGUCUACUGAGCAUUAAAUAUUCAGAUCCAAAACAAUAUUCAGAAAUUAAAAAUAAUCAUCAAUGUGAAAUAAAUCAUGUCGGCUCAUCCGCUUCCAUGGAAGUUGAUGGAAUUCAUCGUUUAUUUGCACGUUCUAAAAUGCUGUACAACGUAAAAUUAGAACCAAACAAAAUAAACAGAAAUAUGCAAAAUUUCAAGCUGCAUCUUUACAACCUAUUGAGAUUAAAAACAAGGGGGUGGCAGACUUACGAUGAAAUCCGACGGUAUCCUUUUUAAUCUAAUUCAAUCAGUUGCAGCUAGAAGUAUAUAGUUCAUAUAUACAUCUACAAAAUGUAUUUUAUGCAUAUGUAUUUAUCAUUACUGGUCCCAACCCAUCCCACAAAAUCUGUAUACAACCUAUACAUAUUCAUAUGGAUAUAGACAGAAUUGAUACUGAUAUAUAAACGACUCUUACAUUAUAUUAAAAUGUAUGAUAUGGCUUGAUAAAAACCUAAACAAAAAACAUCGUUUGUAUGCACAUCUUUAUCUACGUGCUACAAAUUUAUUAUAGUGUGUAGUGCAUUUUGAAUUUCCUGGGAAUAGGAAUUUACCAUACUCUCCAGUAGUAGAAGAAUCAACUUCUAUGUGUAGAAUAAUAAACCCUACCAACACAGUGGCGGAAGAAUCAACCUCUGUACGUAUGAUAAUAAACCAUUUUUGACGAAGAGGUAGAAUAAUCAACGGUUUAUGUAGAGUAAUAAACCUUCUAAUCGAAAGAGAGCUAGGAUCAACUCUUAUACGUAGAACAAUAAACUCUUUGACCAAAGAGGCUGAUGAAUCAACCCAUGUGUGUAUAGUAAUAAACCUUUCUAACCAAGAAGUAAAACAAUCAAUCUCUAUGUGUAGAAAGAUAAACGCUUUCGAUGAAAGAGCGGAAAGAUCAACCCAUAUACGGUGAAUAAUGAACUUCUCUCAACAAAAAAGAAGUAGAAUCAACCAUCAACCGACGAUGGAACUACCCCUGCAGGUGCUAAGGUACAUAAGUCGAUGUCAGUUGGUAGAAUAAAAGCCCUUGUCCAUGAAAAGGUAUAGAUUAAAGCAUUCACGUACAAUGCUAAACCUGUUUUGUUAAGAGGCAGAUGAAUCAACUGUUAAACGUGGAAUACUGAACCCUUCGCAGGACAUUGUAACAGAAUCUACCUUUAAGCGUAGAAUAAUGAACAGUUUCUCAGAAGGGCAGCACACUAUACCCAGAAAGGCAGAGUGAUAUACCCUCUUAACGAAAAAGUAGAAUACUAAACCCGAAAACGAGUAAUAAAAUACCCCUAUCUUGAAAGCUAAUAGCAAUCUACCGUCAUCUGUUGAAGGAUAUACUUUUACCGUAAAAUAGUAGAAUAAUGAACCUUUAUGUACCCUUCAUAUACCCUUUGAGCUUUCAUAAACCCUCCGACUAAUAAACGCUAAAAGGGUUCACCACAUUGGAAUCAACCCUUCAAGACAUUCGUCUUUCUGACUAGCUAGCGAUCGGUCGCAUUUUAGUUUUCCGUAUUCUGCACUUAGUGCCCCCGUUUUUUUCUGCUCUUCUUUUUUCUCUAUUUUUCUUAAAAACAUCUCCUUUUGAGCCUUUUUUCGAGAAUUUUUUCUUCCGUGUCUGAGUCAGUGCUCACAGACAGUUUUUAGGUGGUUUUCGGAAAUGCCGCCGAAAAGAGGAGGUGGGGUUGCCGGUGGUAAGCAGC